AUGGGCGCCGGCGCAUUGGCUCGGGCACUUUUAGGCCGCGCAAACACUCGACCGCCGCGUCAACGUCUGCGCGCGAAAACAGCGCGGCGCCCGAGUCUACAAGAAGGAAAAGCACCAACCCCAUACACGACAGGAACAAGGCGAAAAUGGCGGUGGGGACGGGCCCGAAAAAGCCAUGGUCGACGGCUUGUUGCGCCAUGUGCGCCACCGCCACGCACAGCUCGAGGCAGCGGCCAACCAAGUCUGCGGCGGCGGCCAGAACGGAGUCGGGCGUGUUGGCCGCGUGCAAAACAACGGGGCCGAGCAACAGCAUGCGGCAGUUGUGGAAAUAGAGCGCGACGUCCAAAGCCGUGCGCGAGUUUUCAGGGAGCGCGCCCGCGGUCGGGCAGAACACGGCCGAAAGGCGGCGCUCGAACAAGGCGAAGCGCGCGACUGCCGGCGCCGAGAGCGGCGCGUCGAACACGGAUUCGGGCCGCGCCACAAGCGCCUCGUGCGCCACCCGCGCUAGGUCAAGCUUGA